AUGCCCCUCUUGCCACUCUGUCACAUUCUGAAUCUGCAGAAGGAGUUGCGUGGGACUAAUGCCGAAAUAUCAAGCUGGGGUUGUGGAGACUAUGGUCAACUUGUUAAACAGUGGAGUGAUACGUCCGAGACACAAGUGGUGUGGAAAAUACGCCAAGAAUCUAUUACUGCAAAUACUAAGGGCUUCCAGGGCGCGGUGGUCCGAAUCGGUUCAGCUAAUGAAGCAGCCUCAGUCGUACGCUUCGCCACAUGUCAUAAGGUCCCACUUACUACAAGGAGCGGCGGUUGCUCUACCAGUGGCUCCUCGACGGUUCAUGGUGGCAUUCUGUUGGACCUAUCCAAUCUUCGAAAUGUCCAUGUCCACCCAGAAUCUCGAGUGGUUGUUGCGCAAGGUGGAGCUUUGUGGAAAGACGUCGAUGUUGCAUCUGCAUAA